UACUUUAGUUGAAUUAGGACGGAAUCCAGAACAUCUAGCAAGAUUACACGAAGAAAUUGAUGCCUCAUUUGCUGAACAUAAUAACGAAAUGCCGUACGAUGCUGUAGUCAACAUGACCUUCCUUGACAUGGCUUUAAACGAAGCGUUGCGAAUGCACCCACCGAUUGGAUUUUCAAGUAGACAGUGUGUAAAAGAUACCGUACUUCCUACGGGUAAUAUUAAAGUAGAUAAAGGUACUAGGAUUUUCACACCUAUAUUUGAACUUCAUCAUGAUGAAAGGUAUUACGAGGAGCCAGAAGUUUACAAGCCAGAGAGAUUUUCUGCUGAAAACAGAAAUAAAAUUGCUGAUAUAACUUAUAUGCCUUUUGGAAAAGGAAACAGAAUUUGUGUUGGUAUGAGAUACGCCACUUUACAAACAAAAGCAGGCCUUAUACACCUAUUGCGUAACUUUACAGUUAAAACUAUAAUUGAAGAUGGUGGAAUGAGGUACAGUAAGCAACAAGUACAAGUUAGGCUGAAUAACGUGGAUGUGGAAUUAAUACCACGCCAAAAUGUAUCUCAAUAAAUUAUAUUUUUGAUAAAAUUGUUAUUAUUAAUUAAACAUUUGUAUGCCAACUUA